CACAUAUCAUCCUCUUGACUUGUAAAUCUCCCCAUACUUAACAAUCUCUUUCUAACCAGUUAUAUUACAAUGGCAUCAAGCUCAAUGUCAUCUCACAGCUCUGGCUCGUGGACCGCUAAGCAGAACAAAGCUUUUGAGCAGGCUCUAGCAACCUAUGACCAGGACACUCCUAACCGUUGGCAAAAUGUUGCCAAAGUCGUGGGUGGAAAAACAACAGAGGAGGUAAAGAGACACUACGAACUCCUAGUGCAAGAUAUCAACAACAUAGAGAACGGUCAUGUUCCAUUCCCAAACUACAGAACUAGUGGAGGCUGCACCAAUGGCAGGCUUAGUCAGGAGGAAAAAAGGAUGAGAAACAUGAGUCUGCAGAUUUACACUUUUGGUAGCAAGAAUAGAAUUUGGGUGUUUGAUCCAGUUGCGAUGGUUUGGGAUCGUUUGAAGGGUCUCGACGAUCUUCCUGACAAGCGUGAUGGUUCGAGAAUGUCGAAUCUCGGUGGAAAUCUUGCAAUUAUGUUUAACCUUGAGAAGGGUUCAACCAAAAUAUGUUGCACUGAGAUCAGAUUGGAAAGGAGAGAAGGAGGAAAGAUUUGGGGGACGGUUCUGUGGUCUAAUGUCGUGAUUACCUUGAAAGAACCUUCCACCAUUGUACGAUGUCUAGCUGUAACUGUUUGAUAAAGCUUUAAGCUUGAAAAUCUGUAAACGUGUACUGGAGCAGCUUGGUCUGUUCAAGAAGAAACAAACAACAUACUAGGCUUUAUUGGAUGUUGGUAUCCAGAACCUAAUAUAGAUAUCUUUUGGAUCUUUGGGCUAAGUUUAGCAACUUAUUUCUUGUUUCUUUGUUGUACGAGUCUUAUGUAUGCAAGUACAUUGUAUGAUCAAUAGCUACUAUGUUACCAGCUGUUUAACAAAGUUCAAACCAAUAA